AGGCCAACGGCGGGAUGGGAGCGACGCGCCUGCGCCGGGGCGCCGCUUGGGCCCUCGGCUCGGCAGGGUAGCCGUCCUCGGUCGGUGCGCCUGCCGGCGUCGGUCGCUCGAGACUGAUUCUUCCCUUGGGAAGAACCCCGACUCUUCUCACCCCCUAAGACCAGAACAGACUGGGACAAAGAGCCGCCACGACCCGGGCGACGUCCCAGGGCGGUCCUCGCGCGCCCGGCCGGGCAGGGUGCAGAUGUGGACUGGAGAGGAGUCCCCAUCCCCGGGUAUGGCAAGAAGCGAACCGGGCCACCGGCCGUUGUUCCUAGGGUGGCACUUUCGCAGGCAUCAGCACAGCCAGCCUCCUUGCAGGCAUAGUUGUUACAACUGCAGUCGGUUGUCAGAGGCAGCUUGCUCUGCUAGCAGUGUGCCGCCAGACACGGUGCAGAAAACAAGGCAUUUUUCGGGGGGGCGUGAAAGGCAUUUUAGUUCAAAUUAAGGCACACCUCUCCCCUGCUCCUCUCUGUGAGCAGCGUCUCAUUGUGCAGGAGUGCAGCCAUGCAGCCGCCGCCCCAGGCCGUCCCCCCGGGCAUGGCCGCGCCGCCUCCAUCCGGGAGCCCUCAGAGCAUGUUCUGGUCUAACAGCCCGUACAGAAGACAGGCCGGUAGUCACGCACACGUGGCCCCGUCAACCUGCCCGCUGCAGCCAGUGACGGACCCUUUUGCUUUUAGUAGACAGGCGCUCCAAAAUACGUCGUUGGGCAGCUCCUCUAAAAGCAGCGCCCCCGUUUUGCAAGGCCCGGCCCCACCAUCGUCUCUUCAGGGUGCAGGUCUGCCUGGGCCUCACACACACGCUGGAGAUAGCGCCCAAGGACCCUGCGAACCUCUGCCGGGCCCUCCGUUGCAGCCCAGGGCAGAUGCCAGCCUGUUUCCCGGCCUGCUGACCCCUUCGGCGCCACCCGGGCCCGCGAUGACCACUCCCUGCCUGGAGCCUGACGUUCAGACCCUGCCGUAUCCUCCUCAGUACGUUCCAGGAGUGGGUCCGGACGGCUCUCGUGGGGGCCACCCGCAGGGGAGCGUGCCUCGGCCUGACAGGCCCCUGAGCAGGCCGAGCCCGCACGACGGUGCCGUGGCACCGGCAGCGUCCCCUUUCCUCCCUCCGCCUCGGCGGCAGAUGCCCGGGCUGUGGGCGCCGGUGCAGGGAGGCCCUCAGCCCUUGGGGCUGCAUCACAGGCCCUGUCCAGAGGGACCCGUUGCGCACCCAGUGCCCCACGCCUCCAGCGUCGCCCAUGUCCCCUCCCCGUCCAUCCCGCAUCAGGGUCCUGGCCAUGAGCAGCACGGCCCCUUGGUAUCCUUACCGGGACCCUCGGCCAGUGACGGGAGAAAUGAGGCAGUCUACCUGCAGAGCGGAAACCACUCGGCAAAUAGCUUUGAUCCAGGAAACGCGUUCAGGCAGAACUCCGGAGCCGGCGACACUCGGGCUGGCCAGGAGCUGAGGUCGAGUCCGGGCGCGAAUAGAGAGCAGCUGUCAGACCCAGCUCCCGUCCCCCUCCUCGCUCAGGGAAGCAGCCCAGGAAGCCACGGGCACCGCCCGCUGGGGGCCGGGAGUAGCUGGGCCCUGCCGGAGGCGGGCUCGGGGGCGCUCUCCGCGUUCUUCACAGGAGGAGAGGCCGAGAACGAGGAGACCCUGCCAUCGGAAAAGGCGGGCUCUGCCGGCCAGCCUGCCUGGGACGGUUUCUCCCCCGGCCCGGGCCUUGGCCAGCCUCCUGCACACGCGGGAGCAGGCGGCAUCCAUCAGGCCUUUCCCAGAGCUUCCAGCGGCGAGCCCACGCAGCCGGGAGGAGACCCGCAGCCUUAUUUUCCUCAGUGUGCAGGCCUCGGGCACGACCCAGCAGCCGCUGGCGCCCCCGCUGCGGACAUGUGGGGGGGCGCGGGGCGGGCGGGUGCUCACGGCGCCGGCGGCUCACAGUGUGAGAACGUGGAGAACUUGGAAUUCAUUCAGAACCAGGAAGUUCUGCCCAGUGAGCCCCUAAGCGUGGACCCUUCCUCCCCGAGCGAUCAGCUCAGGUGCGGGCCCCUCAGCGGGCCGGCCGUGCCCAGGCCCAGUGCCGCAGGCCACGCGGGAGGCGGGGGCCCGAAUCUCGAGGCCCCGGAUGCGAUGGCGCGGCCCGCGCGGUCUGACAGCGUGUCCUCCAGUUACAGCAGCCAGAGUCACCGGGGUCCUCCCAGUGCAGCCAGGCCCCACGACUCGGGGGGCACCUUCAUUCAGCAAGAAGUUGGAAAACCUGAAGACGAGGUUCCGGGGAGGUUUUUUAAGCAGAUCGAUUCUUCUCCUGUCGGAGGUGAGACAGACGAGACCACCGUGAGCCAGAACUACCACAGCGGCCUGUCCCAGCCCUCGGCCCCAAGCCCCCCCAAACCUACGGGAAUAUUUCAGACGAGCGCCAACAGUUCUUUUGAACCAGUGAAAUCGCACUUCGUUGGAGUAAAGCUGGUUGAGGUAGAUCGCGCCAAUGUGGUGGGCGAGGUGAGGGCGCCCGGCGCCCACCUGAAGCAGCGCAGAGCAGCCGCGGCCGCGCCUGAUGCCUCCCCUGGCAACUUGGAGCAGCCCCCCGACAACAUGGAGACCCUCUUCUUGCCCCGGGUCUGUGCCCCGCCUCUCACCACGCCCGCGGAGGCUGGUCACGGGCUUCUGCAUGCUGCGGGGCCGCCUUUGGAGACUGUGCCCCCGGCACCUGAGAGGAGGCCCUCGACCAGGGCGCAGGGGGCUGUGAAGUGUGAGAGCCCAGCAACAACUUUGUGGGCGCAGAACGAGCUGCCGGAUUUUGGAGGCAAUGUCCUUCUAGCCCCAGCUGCUCCCGCACUUCACGUGCCUGCGAAACCCCAGCCAUCUGAAGUGAUCCAGCCUCCAGAUGAGGGGGUAUCUGGUCCGCCGUCCCGGCAGCCGGGCCCCGGCCCCGGCCCCGCCGUGCAGAGUGGGGACAGCACUGGUGCUUCUGAGAAUCUUGAAAAUCCUCCCCAAAUGGGCGAAGAGGAGGCCCUCCCGCCCCAAACGGGUCCCGGUUAUGCCAGUCUGCUGUCCUCCCCACCCACCGAGUCUUUGCAGAAUCAGCCGGUCUUGAUCGCGCAGCCUGAUCAGAGCUAUAAUUUGGCUCAGCCUGUUCAUUUCCCUGCGUCCUUGUUGAGUCCUAAUGAGAAGAGUCCGUCCUGGAGAGAGUCUCUGGUGGGAGAGAAGCCUGCGAUAAGCAGCCGGGCUGCUGGGGGUGAUCCUGGAGAAGACGCUGCCUUGUCUGGGAUGCCAGCUGGUGCUCUCAUCUGCUCACCUCUGCCUAACCGUCCUGCCCAGAGUAAUUUUCCACAGGUUCCUGGUGCCUCUGAAGUGGUUUCUAAUCCACCUGCUAAUUUGCUGGUUCAGCCGCCGUCUCAUCCAGUCCCGAAGAGCCUGCUUCCAGAAAGUCAGAGCAGUCGCAGCGCAGAGCGCGUCCUCCCCGAGUCUGUUUCCGGCCCUGCUGGAAGCACGGGCGUGGUCUUAGUCCCUCCUGCAGAGAGUACUUCGGUGCCUGAUAGUAGUAAGGCCGAUCGCUCCGGCGGUCGGGGGGAAGCGUCGGGGGCCCUGGACUUCACCUUCACUAGGAUUUUGGAAAACCCAGUGGGAGUGUACAGCCCGGUCCAUGCUGAUGGCCCAGCGUCGUGUCAGCAGACCACCCCCAGCCACAGGCUGCCUGGGCCUGGGGCGCACACCCCAGACCGUUUCUACCAGCAGGUGACGAAAGAUGCUCAGGAUCAGCACGGCCCAGAGAGAGCCCAGCAGGAGCCGGCGCCACCGCCUCCCCCUCCACGGGGGCCCACAGCAGCAUUCCCAGAGCCUUCAAGCCCAGGAAGUCCACCCGCGCAAGGACAGCCCCUAAACCCAGCCCAUCCACCUGCAGGUCCAGCUCCAGCUGACGGUCAGCCGCUGCUGCCUCGGCCGCCUCGGUCCUCCAGCGCAUCCGUCGUGUCCAGCAGCUCGAGCCAGGCGGCCGCGCGGUCUGACCAGCAGUGGCUGCAGCCGCCGCCUCCAGACGUGGCGUCCUACUACUAUUACAGGUCCCUGUAUGACGGCUACCAGCCCCCGUACCCCUCAGCGUACCCGCCGGAUCCUGGCAUGGCCCCCCACUAUUACCAGGACGUCUACGGCCCCUGCGAGCUCAGGUACAGGCCCUACGACGGUGCAGCCGCCACCUAUGCAGAGAGCUACCACUGCCCCGAGCCUGAGCGGCCCAGCUCCCGGGCGAGCCGCUGCUCGGACCGGCCAGCUGCCAGGCAAGGGUAUCCUGAAGGUUACUAUGAUUCCAAAAGUGGGUGGAGCAGUCAGAGUGACUACUAUGGAACUUAUUAUUCCAGCCAGUACGACUAUGGAGAUCCAGGUCGCUGGGAUCGGUACCACUAUGGUUCUCAGUUCAGGGACCCCCGCGCCUACGACCGGAGUUACUGGUAUGAUGCUGAGUACGACCCGUACAGGAAGGAAAACUAUGCUUUUACUGACAGGCCCGAGAAGUACGACGACCGUUGGAGGUACGACCCCCGCUUCACCGGGAGCUUUGACGACGAGCCCGAGCCGCGUAGGGACGCCUACGGGGAGGAGGUGGACAGGCGCAGCGAGCACUCGGCGCGGAGCCUGCGCAGCCGCCGCAGCAGCUUCAGCGCCCACUCCCAGCAGAGUCAGGUGUACAGAGGACACCAUGUGACAGCUGGGUCCUACGAGGUGCCCCCUCCCUCGGGCUCCUUCCACGGCGAUUACAGCUACGGCCCCUAUGGUGACGACUUCCACAGCGCCCCGGGCUUCCCGGAGUAUGGCUUCCCUGCUGAGGCCGGCUGGCCCUCCGUGGAGCAAGCUCCAUCAAGACCAACUUCUCCAGAGAAAUUCUCCGUGCCUCAUGUCUGUGCCAGGUUUGGUCCUGGCGGUCAGCUCAUCAAAGUGAUUCCAAAUCUGCCUUCAGAAGGACAGCCCGCCUUAGUUGAAAUUCACAGCAUGGAGACCUUGCUGCAGCACACGCCAGAGCAGGAGGAGAUGCGGGCCUUCCCGGGACCUCUCGGCAAAGACGACACCCAUAAAGUGGAUGUUAUUAAUUUUGCACAGAACAGAGCUACAAAAUGUUUGCAGAAUGAGAAUUUAAUUGACAAAGAGUCCGCAAGUCUUCUGUGGAGCUUUAUCGUUCUGUUGUGCAGGCAGAACGGGACCGUGGUGGGCACAGACAUCGCUGAACUCUUGCUGCGAGACCACCGAACCGUGUGGCUUCCUGGAAAGUCACCCAAUGAGGCCAACCUGAUUGAUUUCACUAACGAGGCCGUGGAGCAAGUGGAGGAGGAGGAGUCCGGGGAGGCCCAGCUCUCGUUUCUCACGGACAGCCAGGCCGCCCCCACCCUUGAGAAAGACACAGAGAGGUUCCGAGAGCUGCUGCUCUACGGCCGGAAGAAGGAUGCAUUAGAGUCCGCGAUGAAGAAUGGGUUGUGGGGUCACGCCCUGUUACUUGCCAGUAAGAUGGACAGCCGGACGCACGCCAGAGUGAUGACCAGGUUCGCCAAUAGCCUUCCCAUCAAUGACCCUCUGCAGACGGUCUACCAGCUGAUGUCGGGGCGGAUGCCGGCCGCAUCCACGUGUUGCGGAGAUGAGAAGUGGGGAGACUGGAGGCCGCAUCUGGCCAUGGUUCUGUCCAACCUGAACAACAACGUGGAUGUGGAAUCCCGGGCGAUGGCCACGAUGGGGGACACUCUGGCCUCGAGAGGCCUCCUCGACGCUGCGCACUUUUGCUACCUCAUGGCCCGGGUUGGAUUUGGGGUUUAUACCAGGAAAACCACGAAACUUGUCUUAAUUGGAUCAAACCACAGUUUGCCAUUUUUAAAGUUUGCGACCAAUGAAGCUAUUCAGAGGACAGAAGCCUAUGAGUACGCGCAGUCCCUGGGAGCGCAGACCUGCUCUUUACCCAGCUUCCAGGUGUUCAAGUUCAUCUACUGCUGCCGCCUGGCUGAGAUGGGGCUCGCUACUCAGGCCUUCCUCUACUGCGAGGUGAUUGCCAAGAGCAUCUUGGCGCAGCCCCAGCGACACUCCCCCGUGCUGCUCAGCCAGCUGGUUCAGGUCGCCUCCCAGUUGCGCCUCUUCGACCCUCAGCUGAAGGAGAAGCCGGAGGAGGAGGCCUCUGCGGAGCCGGCCUGGCUGGCCCAGCUGCAGCUCCUGGAGAAGCAGGUCAAGGAGGGCGCCGUGGCAUGGAGUCAGGACGGAGCCUUCCCCCCACGCUGCCCCAGCUCGCCCAGCUCCGAGGCGGGGCUGUGUGAUGUGGGACCCGCGCAGCCGGCGGGCCUGGGCACAGACAACGCGCUGCUGGCACCGCCCCUGCCCAGCACGGAGCACUUCAGCCCGGACGUGCGGCUGCUGCCCUCAGCCUCGCUGACGCUCCCUGAUGGUCAGCUGGCCGUCCCCGCCAGGGUGCCAAUGUUUCUGGUGCCACCACCUCCGGGCCCUGUCGAGCUGGGGCCUGGCUGUGGACCCCCAGGGGCUGCACUUGGCUUUCCAGAGCCCUCUGGGCCUGAUCCUGCGGCCCUGUACCUGGGGCCUGGCCUGCCCCCCGGUGCACCAUCUCUCCAGGAGGUCGAACGCCUGCCCCCGGAGCCCAGGAGUCAGGACACAGAAAUGAUGCUCCCAGAGGCACCCGGCAGAAACUCGCUUUCGGAGCUAGAAGAGGAUUUUGGUGGAAAAUUUACUAAUAUGGGCUCCUCUAGGAUGUCACAGGACUCCGAGUCUUCUCCGGGCUGGGAGAGCACCGGCUCCGGGGCCCUGCAGCCGCCUCCACCUCUGACGUCUGCGCCUGAAGCGAAGAGACCUGUCCACGCAGCCAAGAAAGAGACCAAGGAGCCCAAGAAGAGCAGUGAAUCCUGGUUCUCUCGUUGGCUGCCUGUGAAGAAAAGGACAGAAGCUUACUUACCAGACGACAAGAACAAAUCGAUCGUCUGGGAUGAAAAGAAGAACCGGUGGGUGGAUGUGAACGAGCCGGAGGAGGAGAAGAAGGCUCCGCCCCCACCUCCAACAUCCCUUCCCACGGCUCUGCAGGGUGCCCACCCUGGUCCCGGAGGGCCCCCCAGGCCCGCGGUGAACAUGUAUUCUAGGAAAGCAGCCGGAACCAGAGCGCGCUACGUGGACGUCUUGAACCCGGGGGGCCCCCAGCGGAGCGAGCCGGCCCUGGCUCCCGCGGACUUCUUUGCACCGCUGGCCCCGCUCCCGAUUCCCGCUCACCUGUUUGGACCAAACGCAGGCACAGAGGAGGCAGCGGCCGCCGAGGGGGCCGGCGGGGAAGGGCAGGUGCCGGCGGGGGGACCAGCCGAGCCAGCAGCUGCCGCGGUGCCCAAGGUGCUCAGUCCCAUGGCGCCGCGCCCUGGACCCGAACUCCCGCCCCCCGGAGCCGACGGCGCCCAGGGAGGAGAGCUUUCGCGCUGUAGUUCACUGAGCUCCUUAUCACGCGAAGUGAGCCAGCAUUUUAACCAGGUUCCCGGUGCUCACGCCCCUGCGGGGGGCCCUCCCCGGGCAGCGGUGCCCUUCUACAACCCUGCUCAGUUUGCACAAACCUCUGCUGCCUCGGGAAGUUCAAGGACGGGGAGGAUUGGCCAGAGGAAGUACCCAGCAUUGAGCUAGAGUGGCCCCUGUCCUGGACUGGCAUUUGGAAGCCUGAAACAAUUAUUCCACCAAGAGCUCAGACAGAUUGCCUGCGAUUCCCCUGUUCCCAAAUGGACACGGAAGCAGUGAUUCAGAAAUGAUGUAGGAAAUGUCGCCAGCGUCAUUCCACAGCUUCAGGAUGCUGGACGGACGGAGGGAAUCUGCGACUUACUAGAACCUUUCACCUGAAGGAGUGAUUCAAGGAUCCAGCAUUGAAGUCCUUUGAGGAUGUUACACUAAGUGGAGCUGGAAACAUCUUGGCUCCAGGAGGACUUUGCUUUUCAGUAACUAAGGCAUCUCUCAAAACCUAGCUGUGAAUCAUUGCCAGACAAAUCCCAGGGGUCCUUUAAGACGCGGGAAGGAGACAGUGCCCCUCUGCUCAGAGAGGUGGUCGGCCCCGCGCCUCGCGUUGUUGCACGUGAGGAGUCCUUCAUCUCAAAGGAAACGUGGCCUUGCUGAGCAGCAGUUCCCUUAGGUCUUGAGAGCGGCCCUCGCUACUGACGUGUGUUUGUCUCCUGUAGCGAAGACGUGUCCAGCUCUGCCUAAUUUCCCGUGGCCUUGCUGGGACCACGCCGCUUCCACGCAGCCACAGGGACUGGCUCUGCCGUCAGGGGGCCGGCUCCGUGGCUGGGACAGAGCCGUGGACGGGGACCUCGUGCUCUGCCGUGACUGGUGGAGCCGGCCAGCCGCUGUUUUGCCCUGGGGACCAGCGGGGGCCGUGCGUCCCCGCUGCUCUCCACGCGCGGGCUGUGGCUUGCGCCCGCCGCUGCGCCGCUGAGGCAGUUGGCAACAACUGGAAGGAAGCGGCCUGAGACAGUGUCCUGCCCGGAGCCCCGGGCCUGCCCUUCCUGCCCCUGGGCUGCCCGCGCCCAGACCUUCCGGGGCCUGGGAAGACCUCCUGGGGGACUCCGCUCUGAGGCGUCACUGACUGUUCUUAAAACUGUUCACAUUCUUGUUCCGUAUGAAGGGACUAAAGAAAAGAUUUAAAUAUUUAUAAAAAUCAUUAGGGAAUAAUUUCCGUAGAACGCUGGCGGCACGUGGUUUGUUGGGGUUUAAUCCAGAUGCAGGGCUUGUGUGAGGGCGGGGUCCGCGCAGGCCCCUCUGGUCCACCUGCCGUCGAGGAAAGACCGCAGAACGGUUUCCAGGACGGUUCACCGACCCGUCGCUUUGGGAGAGGCCGGCCCUGCCGACGCGCAGGCCCUCCACCCAGGGUCCACGGGGCAGGGGUCCUCGGCCGCCUCCGCAGCCCUGCCCACUGUUCUCUGUCGGCUGCCAGCGACUUUUGAUUCAGGAAGCUUCCUCUGAGGCGGGAGCUGCUAUUUUUCCUAAAUGCAAAUUGUUAAAUAAAACAUUUUGCGCUCUCA